UAAAAAAAUAGAGAGUUGAGCUUCUCCUCUUCACAUCAGAAGAAAUAGAAUGCGAAGAAGAGUCAAGUGGGAACUUGAUUUUCAAGCUACAAACAGAAUCAUCUUAAAAGUCAAUCUGAAAAUGUACAAAUUUCUCAGAUAGUAUGAGUUUUCUCAAAGACCUGGCUGAAACCCUAAGCUCGAUCUUUUCGGACACUCCAUCAUCGUCUUCGCCUCAGAACGAUCGUAACCUAAACUCCGGCGAUCGGAUGAUGGACGGCGUUGCCACCGGCAACGAACGGGCGGCGUAUAAGCUGAAAGGCUACUUUGAUUUGGCCAAAGAAGAGAUCGACAAAGCCGUUAGGGCUGAAGAAUGGGGAUUGGCUGAUGAUGCAAUUUCACAUUACCAAAAUGCUCAGAAAAUACUCGCCGAAGGAAUUUCUACUCCGGUUCCUUCGUAUGUUACUUCUAGUGAACAAGAGAAAGUGAAAUCAUAUCGUCAAAAGCUAACAAAGUGGAAGUCUCAAGUUUCAGAGAGACUUCAGACUCUAAGUCGACGAGCAGGUGGCACAUCUGCAGUCAAGAUUUCAGCACCUCAAACCCAAAGGCUGGCUGUUUCACAAUCAAGUUCAUCUGCUCGAAAAGGAGAAUCUCGAUCUGCGCCUAGUUCUGGGAGAGACAGCUCUGUUAUGAGGGUUCCUAGUUCCGGAAAAGACAGCUCUGUUGCGAGGGUUCCUAGUAAUAGCAUAUCAAGCCACAAACCUUCACAGGAAUCUGCUAAUGGGUAUGAUCCAAAGUUGGUUGACAUGAUAAAUUCUGUAAUUGUGGAUAGAAGCCCCUCUGUUAAAUGGGAAGAUAUUGCGGGACUUGAAAAGGCAAAGCAAGCUCUCUUAGAGAUGGUAAUUCUACCAACCAAAAGAAAGGACCUCUUCACUGGCUUAAGAAGGCCUGCUAGAGGUCUACUUCUUUUUGGACCACCGGGUACUGGAAAAACCAUGCUUGCCAAAGCAGUAGCUUCAGAGUCGGAGGCAACAUUUUUCAAUGUGUCUGCUUCUUCGCUAACAUCAAAGUGGGUUGGAGAGGGUGAAAAGCUUGUCAAGACACUUUUCAUGGUUGCCAUUUCCAGGAAGCCAUCUGUAAUUUUCAUGGAUGAGAUAGAUAGUAUUAUGUCAACUAGGACUACCAAUGAGAAUGAAGCAAGCAGAAGGUUGAAAUCAGAGUUUCUAGUUCAGUUUGAUGGGGUGACAUCAAAUUCUGAUGACCUGGUAAUUGUAAUUGGUGCCACGAAUAAGCCACAGGAGUUGGAUGAUGCUGUUCUAAGGAGAUUGGUCAAAAGAAUAUAUAUUCCUUUACCUGAUGCUAAUGUUAGAAGACAACUUCUGAAACACAGNAAAAAAAAAAAAAAAAAAAAAAAAAAAAGUUUUGUUUAUUGGAUGAUAGGUGGAGAUCUAGAACCACUAGUGAGAGACACAGAAGGGUAUUCUGGAAGUGAUCUUCAAGCCUUGUGCGAGGAGGCUGCAAUGAUGCCGAUCAGAGAGCUUGGUGCUAACAUUCUCAGAGUCAAUGUAGAUCAGGUAAGGGGUUUAAGAUAUGGAGAUUUCCAAAAGGCCAUGACAGUGAUUAGGCCUAGUCUGCAAAAGAGCAAGUGGGAGGAACUUGAACGGUGGAACCAAGAGUUUGGUGCAAACUAAACUCCUGAAUAUUUGCGCAAUCUGAAGUAAGCUAAAACAAAAGUUUAUGACAAGCCAGCAGAUGAUAUUUGUUUUUUGGGCAGGUCAGUUUCUGACUGCAUCUGUACAUACUUAAGAACUUAAAUAGAAUAUUAUUCAAAAUUUGGAUAUUUUCCAGGGAAGCAUGUAUAGAUGAUCAGGACGUGUGAUACACAAGUUUUCUGGUUUCCCUUUGUGUCUAGAUGUUUGUAUAGGAACGGACUGUUGAAUACACUGUAAUAGUGGAUGACGUUCUUAGCAAUCCCUAAAUAACACUUUUUUUAAUUUAUAAAUAAAAUCCUCUCAAGGGCAGAGAGAUCGGCAGAUCCUUAUCCAUA